AAGACUCUCCCACGCCGUCCCGACCAGUCGCCAUCCGCGCCCUGUACUCCACUCCGCUCUACGCCGCCGGCCCCUGUCUCAGAUCUGCGUCCCAGUCGCCGAAUCCUUCCCAACCCCUUGAAUCAUACCACCAUGCGUUAAAAAUUCCAACUUUUUCUCUCGCCCGUUGGGUGGUCGGUUGGUUCGUUGGUGGGUUGCUGCCUGGUGGGAGCGAGUGACCACCGCCACCAUGGGGUGCGGGCAGUCCAAGCUGCCGCAUGGCGUGGACGAUUCGGCGGCCGUCGCGCUGUGCCGCGCCCGUUCCACGCUGCUGGCCGAGGCCAUCCGCCGACGCUACGCUCUCGCGGAGGCCCACCGCGCGUACGCCGGCUCGCUGCGCGCCACCGGCGCCGCGCUUCACGACUUCCUCCGCGCCGUCCAGGAUGCCGCCAAAUCCCCGCCCGCGCUGCGCCUCCCAGCGCAGCGGAAGGGGGACGACGCGCACGCGAUCCCUCCCGCCGCGUUGGCGUCGCCGCCGCUCCCGGCGGUGCACGACGCGAAACAGGUGGAUGAAGAUGACGGCGGGCACAUACAUUUCCACUCGGACGAGGACGACAGCUCCGAUGAUGGCGGCGGGCAUAUCAGGUUCCCCUCUGACGAUGAGGCCGAGCUGCCUCUCCCCCGCCCCGAGACCUUCCAGCGCGUGGAGCCGCCCCAGCCGUCGCAGACGGCCGCGCCGUACGAUUCUGGCUACGAUCCGCCGUACAGCUACGGCCCCGGCCCCGGUCCGUCGUAUGGAUACGGCGGGGGCUACGGUGCCGACAUGGGCGGCUACGGUCAGAGUUUCUUCAGCAUCAACUACGCCCGCAACCAGCCGCCGCCGUCGUCUGUGUCCUACGAGCACCGCCCCCAAGUCACCAAUGCUACCGUCCAUUACUACCAGGGUGACGGCGCUACCGGGCCACCGCUGCCGAGCUCCUACUACGACGGAGGAUAUCCCUACCAGUAUCCGCGAGGCGGCGGCUUGCCUCCGGUGGCAGCCUCCUCCGGCGAGCGGGCUGCUCCGCAGCCUCCGCCGUCGCCGCCGCGGGUGUCUACCUGGGACUUCUUGAACCCGUUCGAGUCAUUCGAAAGCUACUGCCAGGAGCAGCUGGGUCCCUUGGCAACCCAUACACCUAGCCGGAGCUCGAAUGAUGCCGGGGAGGAUGAGGACAUCCCUGAACUGGAGGACGAGGAAUUGGAAGAGGUGGUCAGGGAAGCGUACGGCGAUGAGUGCACCGUUGUAAAUGGCAAAUUGGCCAAGGAGGAAGGGAGGAGUAGUGCCGGUGAGGAGUUGCACAGGAAGUCCAAGUUGUCGGAUGCGAGUAGUAGCACUCCCAGUGAGGAACUGCACAGGAAGUCCAGAUCAUCGGAUGCCAGCAGUAGCACCGGAAGCAGCACGGUCCAUGUAGUAGAGAAGAGUUUGGUGGAAAAACAGCUGAAGCACUCAGGUGACUCUGGGUCACCUGCUGUGCCUGGGAAGAUGUACAAUGACGAUGUUGAGGUUGUGCAGGUGAUCAAGUCGCAGUUUGAUCGUGCCUCAAAAUCGGCAGGCGACGUGUGCAAGGUGCUUGAGGUUGGGAAGAUGCCUUACAACCAGAAGAACUCAGGAUUAAAAGUGUCCCCAAUGAUGAUAUGUGGAUUGCCUUCAACGGAUGAGGAGUUCGUGCAGUUUGAGGAGGAAAAGGCUAUGGAAUGUGGCAACCUUUCUUCGAUAUUGCAGAAGCUGUACAUAUGGGAAAAGAAGCUUCUUGAGGAAGUCAAGACUGAGGAGAAGAUAAGGGUGCUAUAUGAUCAGAAGCGUGAGGAGCUAAAAACUUUGGAUGAGAGAGGUGCCGAAGCUCAUAAGCUUGAGGCAAUUGAAAUUUAUAUCAGGAAGCUAUCAACGAAGAUAAGCGUUGCCAUUCAGAUUGUCAACACUAUAUCAAACAAGAUCAACAAGCUGAGAGAUGAAGAGCUAUGGCCACAAACACACGAGCUGAUUCAAGGGUUUAUGCAAAUGUGGCAUACCAUGUCAGAAUGCUAUCAGAUCCAACACAAUGCCUUGUCCCAAGCUAAAAGCAUAGACUCUGCCAUAGCUUCUGCAAGAUUCAGCGAAACUCAUUUAGAUUUAGUCAAGCAGCUAGAGCUUCAAUUGUUGGAUAUGACUGCCAGCUUUGCUGCAUGGUUUAAUGCCCAAAAGAGCUAUGUUAGUACUCUAAAUGAAUGGCUCAAGAAGGGAAUUGAAUAUGUGCCUGAAGUAACUGAUGAUGGGGUUCCUCCGUUUUCACCAGGACGCUUAGGAGCACCCCCUAUUUUCAUCAUCUGUAAUAAUUGGGCAAUCAGCAUGGGGAGGAUAUCCGAGAUGGAAGUAAUAGACACAAUGCAGGUUUUUGCCUCCAAUGUUCUGCGCCUCUGGGAGAGGCACAGGUCAGAGUGGAGGCAGGGUAUGUUGGCUAAUAAAGAUAUGGACAGAGACCUCAGGUCGAUAGAGAGGGAUGAACUGUUGAUGCGCAAGGCGCUAGAGGCACAAAACAAGAAGCUCGUGCUCGUUUCCAAUCAGAGUGGCGUAUCUUUAUCUGCCCAGGUGUUACAUGACGAUGUCCCACCUGCUGAUGCUGGUCUGCAAUCAUGUAUGCAUAAAUUUUUUGAAGCAAUGGAGAGCUUCGCUGCUGCCUGUACGAAUGCAUACAAGGAUCUGCAUCUUCGCUCUGAAGAAGAAAAAGCUCGACUUGCUCAAGAGAAUGACAGAGUUUCCUAGUAGCGUUUCAGACGUUGCUGGUACAGGGGCAACUGACCGAACCUGGUGGCUGCAUGAACAGCAACAUUGUACAUAGCAGCAUGACAAAUUCAUAGUUCCAGUCUCACAACAGGAGUCCCCUAUGUGGGAUGAAUCUAGAUGCAUGAUACCGAGACAUGGUUGAUGCUACUCUCUGUGAUGCUUUGCUCCAGUUUGUUUAGGCUAGACAAGUUCCUGAGACCGUCUUGCAAACUUGUAGUUUAUUCAUCCGUCACCAAAAGCUUUCGUUUUAUUCUCUUUGUAUACAUGUGAUUCAUUUGUACCAGUGACUUUUGUACAGCUAAGGUACAUAUUUUCUUCA